GAAACGAGCCUGUUAGCUUCAGGAAAUCAGUAGGAGGAAAAAGCUUUCCUUUCUGUAAUCAAACCUGUUCAGCACUGAGUCUAACCUAUAUCGGCGCAGCAACAAACUGCAGCCAAUGGACCCUCGGAUUAUAAUACUGAAUCUGCGGUUUGUUCAUCGAUAGUACGCCCGGUUGCCGAGACGCCGGGCUGGGCCGGAACCAGAACCAGGCCCGGACGGACGGACGGACAUAACCAGCGACACCGGCGGGCUGGUGUGUGUCUGUGGGAGUUGGCAUGCUCUCUGUAGGGGAAGUGUAAUCACCGUGACUUGCUGUCUGUAGCUAACUUAGACAGCAAGUUCUCCGAUGAGUCCCCGGUACUUCAUCAGAUCGGGUGUGAAGGCUUGAGGCUCGAGCAUGGCACAGAGCUAACGUUAGCUAACGCCAGAGUCAACGGACAUCAACUUUUACUCGCUAACUACCAAGGCAACGUAAGAAAAAACAACGAGUAUGAGCGCCACACCUGGGUCUGUGUGAACUAGGAGUCAUUGUAUAUCACCUAACAUUUGCCAGCUCGCUUGUUAGCUUUUUAAAAGGCCGGAUAAAUGUUUCUGGAGCGAGUAUAGCGGUGUAGCUAAGUCAUUAGCAGCUGUUAGCCUGCCUCGACCGCCCUAAUGAAAGAAUACAAAGUGGUCGUGCUGGGCAGCGGUGGCGUCGGUAAGUCCGCGUUGACCGUCCAGUUUGUCACCGGCACCUUCAUCGAGAAAUACGACCCGACCAUCGAGGACUUUUACCGAAAGGAGAUUGAGGUUGACUCGUCUCCUUCCGUGCUGGAGAUUCUCGACACGGCGGGGACGGAGCAGUUCGCCUCCAUGAGAGAUCUGUACAUAAAGAACGGACAGGGGUUCAUCCUGGUCUACAGCCUGGUCAACCAGCAGUCAUUCCAGGACAUCAGACCAAUGCGAGACCAAAUAGUGCGAGUGAAGCGCUUUGAGAAGGUGCCGUUGAUCCUGGUCGGGAACAAAGUCGACCUGGAGUCUGAGCGUGAGGUCGCUGGGUCAGAUGGACGAGCUCUGGCUCAAGAGUGGGGCUGCCCUUUUAUUGAAACUUCUGCCAAGAGCAAGACUAUGGUGGACGAGCUGUUCGCAGAGAUCGUCCGACAGAUGAAUUAUUCCACGCUGCCGGAGAAGCAGGAGCAGUGCUGCACAGCCUGUGUGGUACAGUGAGGAAAAGAUACAUCCCUUAUCUGGGUCACCACAAGGAUUUUGAUGAACCAUGAACCCGGGGACGACCUGACUUUUGAUCCAACACACAAAAACUUACCACAGUUGGUAAAGUUUCUGUUUUAAGGCGGUUUUUGACUGUCUGUCACAGAGCUUCUGACAGGAAAGACGUCAGUCCUAUUUUUGAUAUCAUAUGUGUUAGAAGACAUUUCUGCUGCAACCUUAACGGCCUUUGCAAUGACCCGGGAUGGAGUCAGACAGACUUUAAAUAAGCGAGAACGGCCAUCUGUGAAUUUCAGUCCCCCC